UACUAAUUUUACUAUUUAGUCAUUUAGUAUCAUUUAAUAUUUAUCAAAAAUCAAAAUAUAUCAAAAUAAAUGGCAACAGCCGAUGAUCCAACAUUUCACUUAUCGUUUUCACUGGUAAUUAAUGGUUCGGCAGCGAAAUAAUUACUUGAGUUGGAUUUUUAGGUAACUCAGUGUUCACGUCGCAAUGGCCACUCCGACUAGCGGUAAUGGCAAUUUGGUGGACGAAUUCGACGAAGCGUUCAUGUCACUUAUCGAAAUAAUAUCAAAAGAAGAAGAGACGUUCUCGCCGGUUGACAAAGAAGAAGUGCGUGUGGACAUAGAUCAGUGUACCAUGAGAUUCAUCGACAUCGCUAGACAACUGGAGGCGUUUUUCCUGCAGAAACGGUUUCUCUUGUCGGCCCUGAAGCCCGAACUAAUCGUUAAAGAAGAUAUAUCCGAAUUGCGUGUGGAGUUAGCGCGUAAAGAUGAUCUCAUUCGGCGGCAUUACGAUAAAAUCUCCAUCUGGCAAAAUCUGUUGGUUGAUUUACAACAGGUGGCCAAAUCGCCUGCACAGAGCUCUAUGGGCCAGAGUCCUAUGCCAGCACCGAUGCCAUCUCCCUUGCCAAUUGGACCGCCCCAACAACAAUUAUCGCCUCAAGUACCUGGAGGUAUGGUUUCGCCGCAACAGGCCAUGUUCUUACAGCAGCAGCAGCAACAGCAGCAGCAACAGCAACAACAACAGCAAAGGCCUGGUCCAGUGGCUGGUGGCCCGAUGCCUGGGGCAUUGUUACAAGGACCUUUGGCAUAUUUGGAAAAGACCACCAGCAAUAUAGGAAUGGGUGAUGGGAGGAGGUGACGAGGUCGGGGACGAGGAAGAGGACGCGGUAGGGCCCAUCUUAGUCCCCCUUGACCACAGGCAAAGGCACAAAAUUGUUGCUUUUAAGCCGAACGAAU